AGCAUCGAACCAUGUCCGAACCUAAUGCCUGAAAGUUAGUGGAAACCAACCACCUCAGCGUCAACAUCCAAUAACAGCUAUCUCAAACAAAAAAACACACAAAAAUAUUAUACAAGACUUAUAGAGGACUCCGUCAAUUUUUAUCACCGACUCUUUAACAUUGAUAACUUCCAUCCUCCUUUAUCCUCUCCAUUCUCCUCCUUUCUUUCUUCCGAAUCAAUCUAACUGAUCCUCUUGAGGUCUUUCAAUGGCACCAUUUGCUAACAAUUCUAACAUGAACCAAGAUGGCAAAAAUGUCGAUGGAGUUCAGGCCGAGGUCACGAAUCCAAAAUUUCGGGUUACAGUUGUUGGAAGCGGAAACUGGGGCAGCGUCGCGGCCAAGCUCAUUGCUUCUAACACCCUCAAGCAAUCUGUGUUUCAUGAUGAAGUAAGAAUGUGGGUGUUUGAAGAAGUGCUGCCUACUGGUGACAAACUCACGGACAAAAUCAAUCAGAUUAACGAGAAUAUCAAAUACUUGCCCGGGAUAAAGCUUGGCAAAAAUGUGGUAGCAGAUCCCAACCUUGAGAAUGCAGUUAAAGAAGCAAAUAUGCUGGUCUUUGUGACUCCCCAUCAGUUCAUGGAGGGCAUCUGCAAAAGGCUUGUAGGAAAGAUAAGACCAGAUGCCGAGGCCAUUUCACUCAUCAAGGGCAUGGAGGUUAAGAAAGAAGGACCAUGCAUGAUAUCGAAACUUAUUACAGAAAUGCUUAGAAUAAACUGCUGUGUUCUUAUGGGUGCUAAUAUCGCUAAUGAGAUAGCUUUGGAGAAGUUCAGUGAGGCAACUGUUGGAUAUAGACACAGCCAAGAAGUAGCGCAGAGAUGGGCUACGCUGUUCACUACCCCUUACUUCCUUGUCUCAGCUGUACAAGAUGUGGAGGGAGUAGAAUUGUGUGGGACAUUGAAGAAUGUGGUGGCAAUAGCUGCAGGUCUUGUUGAUGGCUUGGAGAUGGGAAAUAACACCAAGGCAGCAAUAAUGAGAAUUGGUUUGAGGGAGAUGCGAGCUUUUUCGAAGCUUUUGUUCUCUUCAGUUAAAGACAGCACUUUUUUUGAGAGCUGUGGAGUGGCAGAUUUGAUCACUACAUGCCUUGGAGGAAGAAACAGGAAAGUAGCAGAGGCUUUUGCAAGGAGUGGCGGAAAAAGAUCUUUUGAUGAACUAGAAGCAGAACUAUUGCAAGGUCAAAAGCUACAGGGUGUCUCAACAGCGAGAGAAGUGUAUGAAGUUCUUGGCCACCGAGGAUGGCAAGGGUUAUUUCCACUUUUCACCACAGUUCACGAGAUCAGCGUUGGAAAGCUUCCUCCUUCGGCAAUAGUUGAAUACAGUGAGCACACACCUAAUUUCUCCCUAGUUGAAGGUUCUGCUCAAUACUACUGAAACACAAUAUAGACCAUGCAAGCAUUCUAUAUGUUUCAGGAACUACAUCGAUAAGCUUCACAGUGCAGUCUCGUUAAAGGGAUAUGCUAAGGUUUAUGCAGAAUCAUCAUGGAAAUUCUAGACAUCCAUAAUUGUAGAACUGGAGCCGUUGAUAGUUUGAGAAAUAACAAGUCUUUCAGCUCAUCGUCAUGUUGUGAUGUAUCUAUGUAUCUUAGAUUUUAGACCACUCAAGAAAAAUCAGUGAUCCUAAGCAUGGGCUAAUUCGACUAGAUAAUUAUGAUAUCACAUGAGCAAUAUAGCUUUUUCACCAGGUGAUGGAAGCAUGAAGCAUGCGAUCAAGGCAACGAGUUCAACAACAUUCCGAUUCGAAACCAACUAUGACCUAUGAUAAAAAAUGUCCAGAAGCCAUACAUCUAAGUGAGGAACUGGUCCUCUGUUGUCAAACGUAGUAAGAAAAUGAUU